CCCGCUGCCGGCGGCUGCGCAUGCGCGGCAAGGUUGCCGCGAGCUGAGGCGGACCGGGUCGAUCUUCCGCCGGCGGCGGCGGCGCCUGGGGAGGCGGGUGCGCGCGCCAUGCCCGGUGGGGCGGCGGGGCCGGCGCGGGGCCGCGGUCGCUGAGGCGCGGCGGGAGCAUGGCCGAGUCGCUGCGGGAGGAGCCGCCGGGCGGGCCGGAGUCAGAGGCCGAGCUGUCACAGCGGCUGGCCCGCACCAAGGCCCGCUCGUACGGCAGCACGGCGAGCGUGGCGGCGCCGCUGGCCGAGCGCUACGUGGAGCACCGGCUCAGCGCCGGGGACACGCUGCAGGGCAUCGCCCUCAAGUACGGCGUCACGAUGGAACAAAUAAAGAGGGUAAAUAAACUGUUCACUAAUGACUGUAUAUUUCUGAGGAAAACCCUGAAUAUUCCUGUUAUAUCAGAGAAACCAUUACUGUUCAAUGGACUUAAUUCACUGGAGUCUCCCGAGAACGAAACUGUUGACAACUCUCCUUCUUGUGAUGAAGGACUAGUGACAGUUCAGGAAGAAAGUAGUUCUUCUCCCAGUCCUCAAGAGCCUGACAAUCAGCCCACUGCACCAGAAGAACUAUCUGCCAAAGAUUUCCUACAGAGAUUGGACUUGCAGAUUAAGUUAUCCAAACAAGCAGCCAGAAAACUAAAAGAUGACAAUGUCAGAGAGGAGGAGGAUGAGGAAGGUCCCUAUGCAACUUCUUCGUAUCACCACUAGAAGACAGAUGUGAUGGCCUGAAAACUUUCCAUGAAAUCAGUUCUUAAAGAACUAAAUGGUCAAUAAUUCAAAAACCAAGUCUUUUGGACUCAUCGUCUUGAUGUACUUAAAACAAGUCAUGAAUGGGUAAUUGCACUGAAAUUAUGACCUCUUCUGCCUUCCGUAGGUUAAUGUCUUUAUGCUAUAUCAACAAGGGUUUAAGCCUUCCGAAACUAGCAAUGGCCUUUAUACCCUUUCUGUGCAAACAGUAGCAUGGUAGCAACAAUAUAUCCUUGAGGUCACCUUUAUGCAGGAUGUUGAUCUUUAGCAAAGAUUUUGUAAAUACUUGUGAAAUUUGUUUUAAGUAUUUAAAAAUAUUAAAUAAGUUUGCUUGUCAAUGACAAAAUAUGAAAAUAAUAGAAGUUUACUUAAUCUGUAAACACAGGCAAGUUCUCUGUGAAAAUUUUGUCUAUUUCAGCACUGCAGAACUUGCCUCUGAACUCUGUGUGUCUGUGUGUGGUUAUGAUGCAGUCCUAGAAAGGGAAUUCAACUUGUUUUAUUAGUUAAAGCCCUUAUGGUUAAACAACUGUUUGUAAAUUGGAUUUCUGCUAAUAAAAGGGAAGAGUUACAGCAAGAGAUUUUUCUUUGUGAGAUAUGACAUUGGAAUCAGAUGUGCAUUCUUGUGUGCGGUUAUAUUUUGUGUGGUUUUAAUUUAAUAAAUACAAAAAUACCAAUGUCUCUGUUCAUAAUGAAGCCA